AUGUCUUCGAGCACCCCUUCUCCUUCCAACGGGGCCAGCACCCCUACCCAUUAUACAGAUAAGGAGGACGACAUGCAUCACCACUGCGGUCACCACCACAACCAUCAUGUACCUCGCACCCAUAUCCAGAAGCCUCACCAGUCCAUGGUGUCGCAGGUCUACGACCCUCCCUUCUACAGAGUUGCCAACCCUGGUCCCCUGGGUUUGAUCAGUUUCGCCCUGACGACGUUUGUUCUUGGCUUGUAUCAGUGCGGUGCUGGCCUCCCUGGAUCGAACCCCUUUGGCGGCGUCGGCCCUGACCAAGCCAUCUUUGGACUGGCAGUCUUCUUCGGCGGCAUUGCUCAGUUCUUUGCUGGUCUGAUGGAGUUCCGCGUUGGCAACACCUUCGGUACAACCGUCCAUUGCUCAUACGGCGCCUUCUGGCUCGCCUUUGCCAUGUUCUUCGUGCCCGACCUCGCCAUCAAGGAUGCAUACAAGGGCGACGACCGAGCAUACAGCUUCGCCCUGGGAAUCUUUCUCAUCCUUUGGUGCUUCCUGACGCUCAUCUUCUUCAUCGCGGCUCUCAAGACCAACAUUGCCAUUCUGCUGGUGCUUGGUUUCCUGUUCCUGGCUUUCCUCUUCCUCAGCCUGGCCCAAUUCCUGCAGACCAGCCACCCUGUCGCUGCUAUCCGGAUUAAUAAAACGGGAGGAGCGUUUUCCGUCAUUUGCGCGUUCGUGGCAUUUUAUGCUGGUGCUGCUGGUAUCAUGACGGAGGAUACCACUUGGGUUAGGUUUCCUCUCGGCGAGAUUGACGUCCAACCCAAGAAAACAAACAUUGCUUGA